GAGCUGCGGGCGGAGAUGGAGGAAGUGCGGGACAGCUACCUGGAGGAGGAGGUCUACCAGCUGCAGGAGCUGCGGCGGGAUCUGGACCGCUCCAACAAGAACUGCCGCAUCCUGCAGUACCGCCUGAGAAAGGCCGAGCAGAAGAGCCUGCGGGUGGCACAGACCGGCCACGUGGACGGAGACCUGCUGCGAAGUCUGGAGCAGGACUUGAAGGUGGCCAAAGAUGUGUCGGUGCGUUUGCACAACGAGUUGGAGAGCGUGGAGGACAAACGCAGCAGAGCUGAGGAUGAGAACGAGCUGCUCAGACAGAAGAUCAUAGAGGUGGAGAUCUCCAAACAGGCGCUGCACAACGAGCUGGAGAGGACCAAAGAGACUGCACUGAGGAGACGAGGAAGUAGGGAAACAUUUAAAGACAAGAAGUCCACAAGUCAGGAGGACAGUGCAGACCUCAGGUGCCAGCUCCAGUUUUCCAAAGAAGAGUCCGGCCUGAUGAGGAAAAAGAUGGCGAAGCUGGGCCGGGAAAAGGACGAACUGGAGCAAGAGCUGCAGAAGUACAAGUCAGUCUACGGGGACGUGGACAGUCCCCUUCCUCUGGCAGAGUGCUCUGGUGGUGGUCCUCACACCACUCGAGAGGCUGAGCUGCGAUUGCGGCUGAAGCUGGUGGAGGAGGAGGCUAACAUCCUGGGCAGGAAGAUAGUAGAGCUGGAAGUGGAGAACCGCAGCCUGAGGUCGGAAAACGAAGACAUCCGCUGUCAGUAUGAAAGAGACUGCUUUGGGCGGGAACCCUUCUCCAGCAUGCCCUCGUCGCCUUAUGGCGGUGAUGCGCUGGAUUCUGCAAGUGAGCUACGUCGCCAUCUGCAAUUUGUGGAGGAGGAGGCCGAGCUCCUGCGCCGCUCCAUCUCAGAGAUUGAGGACCACAACAGGCAGCUGACAUCCGAACUCAAUCGCUUUAAGUUCGGCCCGAGCAGCAGCUCUGUAGGCGAGGAGGGUAGUGAGGGAGGCUUAUUCAAACCGGGUAAUGGGGGGAACGGCAACAGCGCCAGCAGCGGGCUGAUGAUGGAGGAGCUCAAAUCAGCCCGGAUGCAGAUCAAUGAGCUGAGUGGAAAGGUGAUGAAGCUGCAGUACGAGAACCGGGUCCUGAUGUCCAACGUCCAGCGCUGUGACCUGGCUGCACACCUGGGCCUGCGAACAGGAAGCCCUAGAGACAGCGACGCAGAGAGUGACACAGGCCGGCGAGAGGCAGCCGAGGAAGAGGAGGCAGGGCGUCUUCUUCUCCUCCACCCCAAGAGAGAGGGGCCCAUUGGGGGCGAGAGUGACUCCGAAGACCUGUUCGAGAAAACUGCAACCACGUCAGGGUUCGGAAGCAUGAAACCGUCAGAUGGCAGUGAGCUCAGCGCCACUGAACUGGCCAACCGCAGGAGAGAAGAACGUGAGUCCUUCACCAACGUGAAACGAGAGGCGGACAGGCUCGGGAAGACAGUGGACCGUCUGAUCACGGACACCGACAGCCUGAUCUUUGAGGGCAGGCUGCUGGUGACCACAGGAGAGAGUCUGGAAGGAGAGGAGGCGUCUGGAUCCAAACCAGACACCCAAGUCCUGGACACCAUCAACACCCGCAUGAAGGCUUUCCGCACUGAGCUACACAUAUUCAUGGAGAAGCUGGACCAUGUAGGGGAGACGCUGAGAGAAAGGACAGACGAUCUGUCACCCAUGCCGAACCUCACAGAGUCCAGCAGCUUCCUGUCCACGGUCACCUCCAUGUCCCGCGACUCUCCCAUUGGCACCUUUGGAAGAGACCUGGUUACCGACUUCCAGUCCGGUCAGAGGGAUGAGCUGGAGUGGCGUCUAGGACAGGAGCGAGGCGUGGAGCCCCAGAGCCAGAGCCAGGGUUGGGGCCAGGCCCAGAGCAGGGGAGCCACGGGACUCACUAGGUACCACAGGCCCCUGGCUUUAAGAGCAGAGCUCCGGGACACGCCUGCUUCUGACAUCCAGUUUCGUCUGGAUCACGAGCGAAGGCUGAGAGCAGCGACGGAGGAACGGGAGGCUGUCGGUUCUCUUCCUCAGCAGGAAGACGAGCGACUGCGUCUGGAGGCCCAGCGUGGAGGUCUGGAGCUGCAGGGACUUCAGACCCAUGAAGUGCCCUGGCCUCAGGAGAGAGCGAUGCUGCAACAAGAGGUUCGCCUCUUCAGACGCAACACCAUCGUCUUCUACAUGAAGCUCAGGUGGAUCCUCAUGCACUGGAGGCUCGGCCGCAAGGACGACUCCGGAGAGGAGACGGUGAACCCGGAGUUUGAGAAGUUGGAGGGCAUCCCAGAGCUGGGAGUGAUAAUGGAGCAGGCGGAGGGAGAGUCGGAUCGAGAAGACAGACUGUGUUUACCACAAACUCCAGGGUCCGUCCCCGACCCCGGGCCCAUCAUCCCUCUGACGUCACCUGAUCGACACCUGCAGCAUCAAAGACAGUUUGGGGAGAACCGGCAAGUGCUGCAGGCCCUUCGGACGCUGCUUGAGGAGUUUCGAGAGGAGCUGCGGGAGGAGGAGACGCGGCGAUGCCAACUGCAGCAGUCCUACGCCAAUGACAGAGCCGCCUGGGAGGUCAAGUGGGCAGAGAUGAAGUGCCAGUUCGCCCAGCUGGAGGAGGAGGCACAAGGCAAGGUGCGAGGUGAAGCUCAGGGAGGUGAGGGGGAGCUGGCAGAAGACACAAAGUGGGUGAUGAAUCUGGAGCGCGAGGAGCACCGGCGUCUGCUGGCCGACAGCCACAGCACCUCCCUGGACCUCCGCUGGAAGCUGCAGCACGGAGAGAAGAGGUGGAGCCGCGAGAGGGGAGAACUGCUGGAGCGCUUUGGCCGGGAGCGGGAGGAGUGGGACGGCAGCAUGAGGGAGCUCCAACGCAAGAUGGAGAGGAUGCAGAGAGAGCUGAACACCCGUCGGGGCGAGGGCUUCGACAUCAAAGAUGGUGGCUCCGACCACAGAGGUGUGUUCUUUCCUCAGGACAGUCCCUGCAGCGCCCCCCGGUCGCCGCGCUCCCCACGCUCCCCCUGUACGUCCACACCCGUCCCUGCUGCCCCUCCCAAGCGCUCCCACUCCGACUCUGAGGCCAUGCUUGACGAGCAGGGGGCUGCGAUGAGGCUGAAAGGCCCAACGGAGAACCUGUUCCUGGACGCGUUGUCUCUGGACCCCCUAAGCGUCCUGGAGGUCCCUCCACCCUCGAGACUGGACAGUGAGAAGAGGUUCCCCUGCAUGAAGGAGGUAACAUACAUCAGUCAGGCGCUGAAUGAGAUUUCGGAGAGAGAAGUGGAUCCUGCGAGCCCAGAUGACGAGAUGGGCGGUGGGAGUCUGCUCAGAGCCAAGUCCGUGUGCUCCAUGAGUGACUUCCAGCGUUUAAUGGACAGCUCGCCGUUCCUCCCCGACAAGACUCGCCUCGGUGAUCUGGGCCAAGAUGACGACACCCCGCCUCUGUCCCCGGACGACCUCAAGUACAUUGAGGAGUUCAACAAUAAGGGCUGGGACUUUCCAGCAUCCACCUCUGGCCCGGAUCCGGCCCUGGAAAUGUGGACAGACAAACCCCCCGAGGCCCUGGGAGGGGAGCUCGUUCUUGAACCAUUCCAGCCCGCCACCUGGUUCCUCACCACCAGCGCCACCCUGACCACCAGCACCCUGAGCAGCCCCGAGCACUGCCACAAGUCCCCGCUGAGGGGCAACGGAGCGGGGGCGGCAGCGAUGGGAGUGGAGCACUACGGGGUCCGCAUGCUCCACAGUCCCACCAGACCUGGGGCAGCUGAGCGCCCUACUGCCCAAGACCCAGACUUCCUGUACGCCAAAGGGACCAAAGCCAGGGGCGGAGGAGAGGCUGGAGUUGGAGCCGGCGGGUCGGAUGAGGUGUUCAGCAGUGGGAGGUGGGCAUGUGGGCUCCUGGACGGUGGGUUGAGGACUUCUCCUAGCCAGUCUCCUAUCUGCCCCGCCGUGGGCUUCACCUCCUCCCUGGAGCUUCAGCUCUCCAGAAACAUGAGCGACGACAUGAAGGAGGUGGCCAUCUCUGUGAGGAACGCCAUCCGCUCACCACCGGGGCCCGUCGCCAGGGACACCGCCUGCCAGACCAACGGAUUCACCACACGAGGCACUCAGACCACUCAGACCAUCAGUGUGGGUCUACAAACGGACCUGUUGAGGAACCUGACCAGCAGCCCCCACCGCUGCCUCACCCCGAAAGGCGGCGGGACGCCUAUUUCCUCCCCGUCACGCAGCACGAGGAAGGUUCAGUACUCUCCCGUCGUACAGAGCAAGUUUGAGCGACCCUGCUGCUCGCCAAAGUACGGCUCGCCCAAGCUUCAGCGCAAACUGUCCACAUCCAACAAGGCUGAGCUACCCAACACCAGCCGCGCCCCCACCCCCACCACACCGCAGAAGGGCAACAGCGAGUCGGCGUGGGCCCGCUCCACCACCACUCGGGACAGCCCCGUCCAUACCACCAUCAACGACGGCCUCUCCAGCCUCUUCAACAUCAUCGACCACAACCCCGUGCCCUACGAGUCCAUGCAGAAGUUCAACAAGUCCCCAAGUCGCUCUCGCCCCGACCCUCCCUCCACCACCGAGCCCAGCCCCGCCCACGGGGCUCUCGCCACGGACCCCAGGAACGAGUGCUUGAGGAUAGCACGCGGGCGCUCCCCCAGCCCCGUGCAGCUGAUAGUGGAGACACAGGGGGACAAAAACCCAGAGGUGGUAAGCAUAAGGCAGGACCUGUCGGCCCCACCGGGCUACACGCUGGCUGAAAACACCGCCCGCAUCCUCAAUAAGAAGCUGCAGGAGCAGAACUUUAGGGAUGAGCGGCGGCUGCAGGCUGGAGGACAGAGCAGCCACAGCAGAGACGGCAGCAGGCCGGCCGACUCAGACAGAGGACAGUCUGGAUGUAUGGAGGACCUGCCUCGCUCUCCGGUGGCUCCACCCCUGGACUCCUGUUUCCUGAGACCGGCCCGCCCGGCCAACCGCCGCCCCCCCUCGCGCUGGGCCUCCCGCUCCCCCUGCUCCUCCCCCAAGUGGAGCGAGGGCACAAAGAGGAGGUUCACCUUCCCGCCGCCAGGACACCGGAAGACCAUCCUGGAGGGCGAGGAGCCGGCGUGA